AUGGCCCGUGAGAAGAAAGAAUUACGUGUGAAAAAGGAACGUAAGGGAAAGAAAGAGUCACGCAAGAAAGCAACAGAGGAGAAAAAAGCAGUUGAAAAGGCUGAGGCACUUGAGAACAUGUCGCAGGCUGAUCGUCUUGCUGAAGCAGGUAUCAUUGCUACUUGUUCACACAAUGUGCGCUCGGUUCACAAGAACUUUAAGGACAUUAAUGUACUUAACUUUAGUAUUACAUACUUUGGAAAGGUUCUUAUGGAAGAUUGUGAUAUUUCACUCAACUAUGGCCGUCGCUAUGGUCUCAUUGGUCGUAAUGGUUCGGGUAAAUCCACAUUUAUGAAUGUGUUGGGUGCACGGGGCAUUCCUAUCCCGGAAAGUAUUGACAUUUACCAUCUCAAGCAUGAAAUUGAAGCUAGUGACAUGACGGCACUUGAAGCGGUCUUAUCUGUGGACGAAGAGCGUAACAAACUCCAGAAUGAGGCUGACGAGCUCUCGGAACAGAUGACUGAUGAAUCGAUCAGUGAAGAGGACAGUGAAGCUAUCUCGGACCGUCUGACAGACUUGUACGAACGUCUUGAUGAUAUGGACGCUGCAACGGCCGAAGUCCGUGCCCGGCAGAUUCUGUCGGGUUUGACGUUUUCAGACGCCAUGAUGGAAAAAAAGACAAAGGAGUUUUCUGGUGGAUGGCGUAUGCGUAUCGCUCUCGCUCGUGCUCUAUUCAUUCAGCCAACGUUGCUACUGUUAGAUGAACCUACUAACCAUUUGGACAUGGAAGCCGUUGUCUGGCUUGAGGACUAUUUGGCCAAGUGGAAAAAGAUAUUGCUCAUGAUCUCGCACUCACAGGAAUUCAUGAAUGAGGUCUGUACGAAUAUUAUUGACCUCACUAAUAAGAAGCUCGAGUACUACGCCGGUAACUACGACACGUACGUGCGUACGAAGUCAGAAAAGGAGGAGAACCAGAUGAAGCGUUACAACUGGGAGCAGGAUCAGAUCAAGCACAUGAAGGAGUACAUUGCCAAGUUCGGUCACGGUUCCGCGAAACUUGCUCGUCAGGCUCAGAGUAAAGAGAAGACACUUGCGAAGAUGGUGCGUGACGGUCUGACGGAGAAGGUCGAACAGGAAUCAAUCGGCGACUUCAAGUUUCCCAACCCCGAGGCGCUGCCGCCUCCGGUGCUAAUGUUUCAAAACGUUUCAUUUGGCUACCCGAACUCUCCUCUGCUUUACUCUGGCGUGGAGAUGGGCUUGGACUUGGACUCGCGUGUCGCUCUCGUCGGCGCCAAUGGUACGGGUAAGACCACACUGCUGAAGUUGAUCACGGGAGACCUAGUGCCUGUUGCAGGCAGUGUUCGGCCACACAGUAAGCUGCGUAUUGCGCGUUUCAGCCAGCACUUCGUUGAUGUAUUGGAUCUGACGAAGGCACCACUUGAGUACUUCCGCUCACUUUUCCAGACAAAGUCCGUCGAGGAGGUGCGCAGCUACCUGGGACGUUACGGUAUCACAGGUGACGUGCAGACACAGGUCAUGGGCCAGCUGUCUGAUGGGCAGAAGAGUCGCGUCGUAUUUGCGUACAUGGCUCAACAAAACGCACACAUGUUGCUGUUGGAUGAGCCUACGAAUCACUUGGAUAUGGAAUCGAUCGAUGCAUUGGCGCGUGCCAUUAACAACUUUGAGGGUGGCAUGCUGCUGGUAAGUCACGACAUGCGAUUGAUUUCGCAGGUCGCCAAAGAGAUUUGGCUUGUGGAGAACCAAUCUAUUAAGGUGUACCAGGGCGAGAUUUCGGACUUCAAGAUGCGUGUGCGUAAGCAGCUCAAGCUGGCGGACAAGCCUGUCGUACCUGCCGAAGAGUAG